CUUGCGAGGGCGGGGGGCCGGCCCCUCGGCAUGCGGCGGCGCGCGGGGGCGCCGGGGGCCAUGUAGAGGCCGGCGGUGAGUCGCGGAGGGCCGGGUCGCGGAGCCCGCCGCUCGCACGGAGGCGGAUCGCCCCCCCCCGUCAUGACGGCCGAGCUGCGCGAGUGCGAGCAUUGCCACCACCAGGCCGCGGAGGGCCACGAGGGCUCCGGCGAGCACCGCGGCAGCUGGUUCUGCAGCGGUUGCUGGGCGGAGUGGCAACGGGCGCUGGCCCCCCUGGACGCGUCGCAGUGCGACAGCGUGGAGCUGCUGAGGUCCGCGCUGACUUCUUGGAUCGGCGCUGGGCCCCACCCCUGGACGCGUCGCAGUGCGACGGCGUGGAGCUGCUGCGGAUCGGGGGAGGACGGAGGGAUCGAGGAGCGAGGUGGCGCGCCUGCGGCGGGAGCUGUCGGCCGCCGAGACGCUUCGGGUGUCCUCGCCGUGCACCGACGUGGUACACUGGAGCGAGCUGGACUCGACGGCGUGGCAGAACCGCUGGCGGUAUUGGGAGAGCUGGUGCCCGUGCUGCAAGCGGCCGCUGUGCGUGAGCUCCUACACGCCGCUCGAGGCGACGCCG